AUGGUAGGAGAAGUCCCUUUCACGUCGAACCAUUCCAAUACAUGGCUUUUGUCUAGUAACUUGAACUCAUCGACGGUCGAUGCCGGGAUGCCGGAACAGAAGGCGUACUCGAAGCCUGGACAUAUUCCCAGCCUCUCCGGCGGUUAUACAUGGGCGGACAAUACGAACAAAUGCUUCUAUCAGUUUGGCGGAGAAUACGCCGCCGGUGCUAGUCCUAUGGACUUCGGUAUUUGGACCUACGAUGUCCUGCUCAAUCAAUGGAACACUACCGAGACGACUGGCGACAAGGAGCUACAACGAGUAUCGUUUGGAGCCGGGACGCAAGUCGAAAGCCGCGGAUUAGGAUUCUAUUUCGGCGGAUGGCUAAGCAACAGAACAGCGCCCGGUUGGAAUGGGCCUCCCAUGGCCACCAACGGGCUGAUUCAAUUCGACAUGUCUACAGGUGACCUACAGAAUAUAACCGGACCAGAUGAUAUUGGGAGAGCCGAAGGACAACUUUUGUUCCUACCCGUUUCAGACAGCGGUGUGCUUAUCUAUUUCGGUGGUAUCGAAGACUCGUAUCAUAACGGCAGCUUUGAUGCAGGGCUAGAGGUCGUUGAUACGAAAGAGGAUCAACGGAGUCCCAAGGUUUUUGCCCGUGCUAUCUAG